AUGUCGAUGGCAAUGGAAAUAGAACCAGGUGUCUCCAAAACGCCUUCCGCUGGGAAAGCGCCCGAGGUCAAGCCAGUUCUAGAUGGAAACAAAGAGAUCAAAGGCGACUUUCCAUUAGAUCAAAUCAUCAUUGACCACUUCCCACCAGGUACGCAGGUCCACUCUUGUUAUCGUUCCGGAAAGUCCCUCUGGACCGUCACGGCGAAAAUUGCCACCACUCUUUCGAAUGGGGAGCCUCGAUUAUAUUUUCUCAAGUGCGCUGAUGGGGAUCAAGGAAAGGUCAUGUUGGAAGGAGAAUUCCAUUCAACUGUGGAGCUAUACAACAUCAGCCCUGAUUUCGUUCCGGAACCAUAUGCAUGGGGCAAGCUGGGUGUCUCCAGUCCCAACACCUACUACUUCUUGAGCGAGUUUCUUGAGAUGGAAACCCAAAAUCAGGCUCCAGACCCUAUCCAGCUGGUCACCCAGAUCGCAAAACUUCAUCACGCAAGCAGAUCUCCGACGGGAAUGUUUGGCUUCCACAUUAACACUUGCCAGGGCUGUCUUCCACAGCAGACAUUAUGGAACGCUAGCUGGGUCGACUUCUUCACACAAUUACUUCGAGGAGCGAUGGCAUUAAACAAGCUGAGAAACAGGAACUGGAAGGACCUGGAGCCCCUGAUUGACCGAGUCAUCACUCACGUAGUGCCUCAGGUUUUAGGGCCCUUGGAAGCCGAAGGCCGGGGCGUGAAGCCGACCCUGAUUCAUGGAGACCUGUGGGAAGGAAACAUCGGAAUCGGCCUCAAGGAUAGAAUGCUACACGCUUUUGAUGCCGGCGCCUAUUAUGCGCACCAUGAGAUGGAAGUCGCUAUCUGGCGUUCUCAGUUUAGCGGAAUCUUUCGCGCGCCGGUCUACCUUGACUCCUAUCUUCGUCAAUUGGGGGCCAGUGAGCCUGUCGAGCAGUUCGACGAUCGAAACCGGCUGUAUAGCGCAUAUAUGAGACUACACGCAUCCGCUUGCCAUGAAGGUGCGGGCCAUCACGAAGAGUAA